AUGGAUAGUUCAAAAUCCUUACCAACACCUUGUAGAGAGUACAUGGUGUUUCGAGUUCAGGUCACUAAAAGCCCUUCACAAACCAGCUUGAACAAUGAGGAGAGUCAGACACAGUGGCCCUGGGCUCAGCAAAUUCAACAGCUGAGUGAUUGCUACCGCCUCACCUUAAGGAGAAGGGCCCAGGAUGCGCCCGAGCUGACGGUCAAGACCAAGGACGGCGUGGUGGAGAUCACGGGCAAACACGAAGAGCGACAGGAUGAGCACGACUACCUCGCCCGCUGUUUCACCCGGAAGUACACGCUGCCCCCUGGCGUGGACCCCACGCUGGUCUCCUCCUCCCUGUCCCCUGAGGGUACGCUCACCGUGGAAGCGUCGCUGCCCAAGCCGGCCACGCAGUCGGUGGAGAUCACCAUCCCAGUCACCCAGAUCGGCGGCCCGGAAGCAGGAAAGUCUGAGCAGCCUGCGGCCAAGUAGAGCAGCCUCGUGCACCGCCCAGCCCCCAGCUCCCACCUGCGUGUCCUUUUGAUACCCCGAGAGACAGGGCAGCCUGUGGUCCCUGGGCGCACGUGCUCUGCUGCACUUCCGGCUACAACUGUGGGUCCUGCUGCUGCUGGGCCUCCUGCAAGCCGACUUCAACCUCAGGAAGGAGCUGCUCCUCUACCGCACCCACGUGACCCUGCCACUAGUCAGGGUGCUGGGCUGGCGCUUCACGGUCUUUGCGGGUGCUUCGCUGACAGGACCCAUCUUCUCCGGAUGGGGCGGGGCAGCCCAAGGCCGUCUCCUUUCCCCUCCCUUCCACUGGCCAGGGCCGAAGCCCACAGCAGCAGUGCUGCCCAGGUCCUGCACGGGAGAGAAAGGCCUGAGAUUCUCCUGGAACAGAGACACUGUCCCCUGCUGGCUGGCUGCCGUCACCCUGCCUGUGUGCCUGUUCUGGUGCAGUGACCCCUGCCUGUGGUUGCUACUCACCCUGUUUCAGGCGCCCUGUGCUGUGCAUACCUGUCCAGUCAGAACUUCCAGAACCUCUGUGAGACCUCCCGCUCCACAGUCCACACCUGGAGACUUGGCGGUGGAGGCGUGUGUGGCCCAGGAGCCUCAGGGACACACCACACUGCCACACAGCU